AAAACAGAGCCAGAGGCCGUGCCAAAGGGAGCGCGGAGAUCCACUUCCUGCCAAAUUGUGAGCCGGAAGUGAGGCCUACCAAGACUCAGACAGACUAGGAGGCAGAGCGAGAAGGAUAAGUUCCCAUGGCAACUCGAGCCGCCUGAAUGUUGCUUCAGCGGGAAGAAAAUGCCUUGUUGAUCGUGCUGGAACCCCUUGCCAUCCUGCCUCUCCACAACAGGCGAAGUGAAAGUGGAUGGAUGACCCUGGGACGGCAGGACCCUCUUGGGCCUGGAGAGCAGAGUGCUUUGUCCGCCAUCCGGCGCUCGCAAGAUGCGCAUCACCUUCUGCCAAGGCGUGUUGGCGGUCGCCAUCGCGGUCAACCUGCUGAUCCUCCACUACAUCUCCAGCCUGCAGCAGCGCCUCCUGCAGCACCACCGGGACCACCCGCACCAUGGCUCCCGUCCUCUGCUGUGCCCUCCCUUGAAGCCCGGCUUGACCGUCCUCAUCCGGGAGUUCGAGGAUUUCGAGAACUACAUCCCUGACGUGGUGCGGUCCUUCUUGAAACAGGACCCCGAGCUGAAUAUAGUCGUGGCGGCUGACCGCUUGCCCUACCCUCCUAUGCUUCUGCCCAACGCUCCCAACAUCCACGUCGUCCUCCUCAAGCCUUCCCCGGACCGGCCUGCCUAUGAGUUCAAACCCGAGACGUAUGUGAGGACAGAAUAUGUGGCCUUGGUGCCGGACGGAGUGAAGGCGGACACAGCGACGGCCCAACUGGAGCAAAUGUUGGAGGAGUUCCGGAGCAGCCAAACCAAGGUCGAGAUGGUGGCCGCUCCUGUCCGCUCGCCGGCCCCGCUACGGUGCCUGAACCUCAAGGUGAGCCUUAAAGAAUGGACGGCCGAGUACAUGCCGGCCCCUCCUGCCUCUAGACUUUGCACGGCCUUGACGGGGGAAGCCGUGGUCCUCCUCCGCACCAAGGACUUCUUCAACCUCUCCCGCCCUUUGGCCCGGCCCUUGUUGACCUCCCUCUUCGUUCAGACUUCGCUCCGAGGCUGGGCUGUCCGCGUCCUGGACGUUUCCUUCUCGCUCCUCCACCAGCCCUUGCUCACCUCCGCCCACAACCAGUGGAAAGCUGACAACUUAGCCAAGGCCAACCGCCUGCGGCUCUUCCAAGACUUUGGCCUCAAGCGAGUGAUCCUAGAGGAUGGCAAGGAGCAGUGGUUCGGCUGCAGCAAAGAGACGCCGCGCUGCUUCGGCACCAUCCAUGACGAUACCCCGGAAUACCUCUACCAGAACCGCUGGACCCCGCCAUGCUGCCUCCGCGCCUUAAGGGAGACGGCCAAAUACGUCAUCAACAUCUUGGAGACCUCCGGAGUGCGGUACUGGCUGGAAGGGGGCACGCUCCUCGGGGCGGCCCGCCACCAGGACAUCAUUCCGUGGGACUACGACGUCGACCUCGGCGUUUACUUGGAGGACAUCCCCAACUGCGAGCUGCUGAGGAACGCCGAGUCCGGUUCCGUGGUGGAUGAAAAGGGCUUCGUCUGGGAGAAGGCCAUCGAGGGGGACUUCUACCGCGUACAGUACAGCGAGCACAACCACUUGCACGUUGACCUGUGGCCCUUCUACCCCAAGAACGGCUUGAUGACCAAGGACACUUGGAUGGACCACCGGCAGGACAUUGAAUUCCCCGAACACUUCCUGAAGCCCUUGGUGCCCGUCCCCUUCGCCGGCUUCCUGGCCCUGGCGCCCAACGACCUCCGAGGAUUCCUGGAGCUGAAGUUUGGUGAAGGGGCCAUCGAGAAGCCAGAAUACCCCAAUCCAGCCAUGAAGAGCCUGGAGAAAGGGAGCUGAAGAGCGGUCCUUUGGCAUUUUAAAGCUUAGUAAUAACUAAACACAGCUGUCUAUUCUAAACAAUAUCUGAAAAAUAUGCACCACGAUAAAGGUUCAAACCAGGGGUCCCCAAACUAAGGCCCGGGGGCUGGAUGCAGCCCUCCAAGGUCAUUGACCUGGCCCCCGCCCCCAGUUUUAGACUUAGGUUCGCCCAAAGUCCGAAAUGACUUCAAGGCACAACAACAAUCCUACUUAACUUCACUAUCUCUUUGGCCGGAAGCAGGCCCACACUUCCCAUUGAAAUCCUGAUAGGUUUACACAGUAUGUUGGUUAAAAUUGUUUUUAUUUUUAAAUAUUGUAUUGUUCUUUAAUUUACUAAUACUGUGCAAUCCUAAUAAUAUAAUAUAUUGUGUAUACAUAUAAUAUUGAUAAUAAUAUUAUAAUGUAAUACAAUAUAAUAUUUAUUUAUUUAUUUAUUACAGUAUUUCUACCCCGCCCUUCUCACCCAGUAGGGGACUCAGGGCGGCUAAUAAUAAUAAUAAUAAUACAAUAUAAUAUAAUAAUAUUGUAUAAUAUAAUAUUAAUUAUAUAUUAUAUAUCAAAUGUAAUAUUACUAAUAAUAUUACGGUAUAGUGCUAUAGUACACUAUCUAUAUAUAUAAAAGAGUGAUGGCAUCACGGCAAUUCACAAAACAACAAAAGUACAGGCCCCCCAACCUCAAAAUUUGACAACACAACCCAUCAUCCACAUCUCAAGGUUGAUACAACAAAAAGAAAAGAAAAAUAAAGUCCUAAUUAGAGGGAGAGCAAUAAUUUUUUUUAUCCAAUUGCUGCCAGUUUAGAGGGCUAAUCUCUGCCCACUUGGUUGCCUAGCAACCAAGGGACAGCCAGGUUUCAGUUAGGGGACAGGCAGAGUUAGGCCUCACUUAGGCUUCUUCCACAGAUUAUCUAAUUUGCACUGGAUUAUAUGGCAGUGUAGAUUCAAGGCCCUUCCACACAGCUAUAUAACCCAUUUAUAAUCUUAUAUUAUCUGCUUUAACUGGAUUAUCUUGACUCCACACGGCCAUAUAAUCCACUUCAGUGUGCAUUUUAUACAGCUGUGAAGAAGGGGCCUCAUAUAAUCCACUUCUAAGCAGAUAAUAUAAGAUUAUCAAUAUACAGUAGAGUCUCACUUAUCCAACGUAAACAGGCCGGCAGGAUAAGUGAAUAUGUUGGAUAAUAAGAAGGGAUUCAGGAAAAGCCAAUUAAACAUCAAAUUAGGUAAUCGUUAUACAAAUUAAGCACCAAAACAUCAUAUUAUACAACAAAUUUGACAGAAAAAGUAGUUCCAUGCGCAAUAAUGCUAUGUAGUAUUUACAGUAGAGUCUCACUUAUCCAACACUCGCUUAUCCAACGUUCUGGAUUAUCCAACGCAUUUUUGUAGUCAAUGCUUUCAAUAUAUCAUGAUAUUUUGGUGCUAAAUUCAUAAAUACAGUAAUUACUAUAUAGCAUUACUGUGUACUGAACUACUUUUUCUGACAAAUUUGUUGUCUAACAUGAUGUUUUGGUGCUUAAUUUGUAAAAUCAUAACUUAAUUUGAUGUUUAAUAGGGUUAUCCUUAAUUCCUCAUUAUCCAACAUAUUCGCUUAUCCAACGUUCUGCCGGCCCGUUUAUGUUGGAUAAGUGAGACUCUACUGUACUGUAUUUACAAAUUUACCACUAAAAUAUCACAAUGAAUUUAAAACACUGACUACAAAAAUAUUGAUUAUGAAAAGGCAGACUGCGUUGGAUAAUCCAGAACAUUGUAUAAGCGAAUGUUGGAUAAGUGAGAUUCUUCUUUAAUAUGAAAUAAUUACUGGGAUAGAAUAAUGCAGAACAAUAUAAUCUCUAAAACCAGGACAGUAAAUAAACAGGGGAAUUCCACACAGGAAACAAUCAGGGCCAGCUAACACCUCCCAACAAAGUAUUCCCAUCAUCAAAGUCUGGAAAAUCCUCUGUUUUCUCAGGGCCACAGACAGUAGAAGCACAUAAAAUAUCGCAAACAACACCACUCUGAAAACAAGGGAAUUCCAGACAGGAAACAAUCAGGGCCAGCUAACACCUCCCAACAAAAAAUUAACUCAGGGAGGAAACAGCCAGGCUUUAAAGCUGCAAGGCCAUUACAUCCUAAUCAUUUUUCCUAAUUGCAGCAUUCAUACUUGCCUCCAACAAACAAAAAAAACCAAUCAGAAAUAUUGUAUAUUCACAACCUUUAGGAAAUAAUAUCCCCUGAUGGCGCAGCGUGUUAAAGCGCUGAACUGCUGAACUUCUGGACCGAAAGGCCACAGGUUUGAAUUGGGGGAGCGGAGAGAGCCCCCACUGUUAGCCCCAGCUUCUGCCAACCCAGAAGUUCGAAAACAUGCAAAUGUGAGUGCAUCAAUAGGUACUGCUCUGGCGGGAAGGUAACGCCGCUCUAUGUAGUCAUCCCACAUGACCUUGGAGGAGUCUACGGACAACGCCGGCUCUUCGGCUUAGAAAUGGAGAUGAGCACCAACCUCCAGAGUCAGACACGACUGGACUUAAUGUCUGGGGAAAACCUUUACCCUUGACCUUAACUACCACCAAUUCCUCAAUACUUGAUUUCCCAUACCAACAUACUUCGCCACAGCAACGCGUGGCUGGGCACAGCUAGUAGUAAUAUAUAAUGCUAAUAUUGUGAUAUGCUAAUAAUAUAAUAUAUUGUAUAUACAUAUAACUUGUAAGCCGCUCUGAGUACCCUUCAGGGUGAGAGGGUGGGGUAUAAAUGUAAACAAAUAAAUAAAUAAUUGUUGUUGGGUUUUUUUUUUUUUGCACUACAAAUAAGACAUGUCCAGCGUGCAUAGGAAUUUGUUUGUAUUUUUUUAAUGAUAAUUCGGCCCCUCAACAGUCUGAGGGGCCAUGAACUGGCCCUCCACUUAAAAAGUUUGAGGACCCCUGGUUCAAACCAUAGAACACAAUAUGUAUAAUAGAGCAUCAUAUACAUAAUAAUGUUAACAAUAAUACAAAUAACAAUACAAAUAAUAAGAUUUAUAGACUGCAAUCAUCCAGAUUUAAAUGCUACACAGAGCAGUUUUCAAUAUAAAACAUAUAUCAGACAUAUAUCAACAAGACUCCAACUAAAGUUUGUUAGCGACACAGUAUGUGUACAUCCAGUCUCUCCAAAUGCAUGUAAUAUGCUGUAAAACUCAAUAUAUCAGUGUGCAAAUCAAUUGGCUCAAACUUGGCUUGGAGUCAAAACAAAUCAAAGUCUCUGUAGUCUUGGAGCAGUUCUGUAGGACUCCUCUAGAUGUAAAUGCUGUCAGUAGGCUGUAGCUUUAGUUUGUUGACAAUAAAUGGUUAAAUAGAUGUUAUUUUAGCAUAGCUGGCUGUGAGCCGAAAUAAGCUGUUUACAAGCUGUUUACAUAAGCCGUUUACUACUGGUUCCCAGGUUUACUCCAGUUUCAGUUAACCCUUCAUCUGGUAAGCGGCAAUGUUUUGAAUAUCUGUACUGUUGCCUCAGCUUCAAGUUUUCUUAAAGAGAUAAAAGGAAAAUGGUCCAAUAUCUCUUUAUAAGAUAUCACAUAUGAUUUAUAUAGACUUGUUGGUAUGUCUAUUUUCACCUGGUCUAUAUAAAUCAGUUGGAGUCUUGUUGAUAUAUGUUUUAUAUUGAAAACUGCUCUGUGUAGCAUUUAAAUCUGGAUGAUUGCAGUCUAUAAAUCUUAUUAUUAUUUGUAUUAUUAUUUGUAUUAUUGUUAACAUUAUUGUGUAUAUGAUGCUCUAAUAUACAUAUUGUGUUCUAUGGUUUGAACCUUUAUUGUGGUGCACAUUUUUCAGAUAUUUUAAAGCUUAGGCCUUCUUUUACCCAUCAGUGAGCACAAGCAGUGGGUCGUCGAAGUGUUUAUUGACAGCCCUUCCGUCAUGUGUACAAACCAGGGAAGGUGUUUACAACACUGCAGCCUCUUUCACAACGUAAUUUGAUGCCACUUUAAUUGCUGUCUAGAAUCCUGGGAUCUGCAGUUUGGUGAGCUCACAGACACAGAACGAUAAAGAAAAUGAGGUGUGGUUUUAUGAUUACAUGGCAGGGGAUUGGACUAGAAGGCCCAUGAGGUUUCUUCCAACUCUUAUUCAAUGAUGAUGAUAUUUAUUUACUGUAUAUACUCGAGUAUAAGGCGUGUUUUCAGCAAUUUUUAGGGCUGAAAAAGCCCCCCUCGGCUUAUACUCGAGUGAGGGUCUUGGUUGCUUAUAUUCAGGUUGAGUAUAUAGGUAAUCAGAGUUGGACAGUCUUAUGUUAAAUUACAGUUUUAUGCAAAUAUUCAAAAAUAUUUAGUCUAUGGAUGCCUCAAUUAAUGUAAUUUUAUUGGUACAGUAGAGUCUCACUUAUCCAACAUAAACGGGCCGGCAGAAUGUUGGAUAAACAAAUAUGUUGGAUAAUAAGGAGGCAUUAAGGAAAAGCCUAUUAAACAUCAAAUUGGGUUAUGAUUUUACAAAUGAAGCACCAAAACAUCAUGUUAGACAACAAAUUUGGCAGAAAAAGUAGUUCAAUACGCAGUAAUGCUAUGUAGUAAUUGCUGUAUUUAUGAAUUUAGCACCAAAAUAUCAUGAUAUAUUGAAAACAUUGACUACAAAAAUGUGUUGAAUAAUCCAGAACAUUGGAUAAGCGAGUGUUGGAUAAGUGAGACUCUACUGUAUCAAUUUUUAUUUUUGAAAUUUACCAAAAUGCUGCAUUUCCCACCUUUGGCUUAUACUCGACUCAAUAUGUUUUCCCAUUUGUUUGUGGUAAAAUCAGGUCAGCUUAUACUCGAGUAUAUACAGUAUAUCCUGCUUUAUCUCUCCUGAAGGAGACUCAAAACGGCUUAACAUACGACUACAUGGCAGGGGAUUGGACUAGAUGUGGUCUCUUCCAACUGUAUUAUUCCAUGAUCAUGAUGAUGAUGAUGAUGAUGAUGAUGAUAUUUAUUUACACCCUGCUUUAUCUCUCCCAAAGGAGACUCCAAGCAGAUAAACAUAAAAGCAUUAGCAUACAAUUUCAAAUAUACAACUAUGCAAACAUUAAUUCAACUACGUGGCAGGGGGUUGGACUAGAUGGCCCACGAAGUCUAUUCCAAAUCUAUUGUGCAAUUAUGAUGAUGAUUAUAUUUAUUUACACCCUGCUUUAUCUCUCCUGAAGGAGACUCAAAACAGCUGAACAUAAAAGCAUUGGCAUACAAUUCAAAAUACAGUAGAGUCUGACUUAUCCAAGCUAAACGGGCCUGCAGAAGCUUGAAUAAGCUAAUAUCUUGGAUAAUAAGGAGGGAUUAAGGAAAAGCCUAUUAAACAUCAAAUUAGAUUAUGAUUUUACAAAUGAAGCACCAAAACAUCAUGUUAUACAACAAAUUUGACAGAAAAAGCAGUUCAGUACGUAGUAAUGUUAUGUUGUAACUACUGUAUUUACAAAUUUAGCAGCAAAAUAUCAUGAUAUAUUGAAAACAUUGACUACAAAAAUGCCUUGGAUAAUCCAGAGGCUUGGAUAAGCGAGGCUUGGAUAAGUGAGACUCUACUGUUUACCAAUAUUCGAACAUUAAAAUAGAAUUAAAUAUAAAUAAUAUUUUAAAAUCCAUGAAAACAUAUUCAAUAUUAUUAUGAUGUCCUCCGCCUUCUCUGCCAAAGGGCUGGUGCCUCGCAAGACUACAGAUCCCACAAUCCCAUUGUAUUGAGCCGCAGUUGUUCAAGAGGUAUCAAUCUGCAUUAAUUCUCCAAUGUAGAUGCAGCACCAGAUGAAGUUGCAGGCUGUGCGGUUUGUAUAGGAAGUGACUUAACAACGGGGUCAACCAUGUUGCACAAGCUGCUUCCUUAUAGGCACAAACAUACCACACUUAUCUUUGGAGCCAACCUGAGUUUUAUAUUCCCUGUAAUAGAAAGAAAGCUAUUCUAAAACAAUUAAAAUACUUGUGACCGUCACAUGCAGAGUCCAACGACCUGCGCCUCCCAGUUCAUUUAAGGGAAAGGUUGUGUCCUAAUUCAGCCCCAAAAGAGGACUUGCUGCUCAUGAAAACACAUGUCAUUGAGUUAACCAUUGUUGUUAGUAACUACUUAGUCCACUUUGACUUAUGGCAACCUUAUGAAUGAUGAUACCUCUACACUGUAGAAUCGGUGCAGUUUGACACCACUUCAAUAAUAAUAAUAACAACAACAACUUUAUUCUUGUAUCCCACCACCAUCUCCCCGGAGGGACUCGGGACGGCUCACGUGGGAACAAGCCCAACAGUAACAUAGGUUAAAACACAGUCCAAAACUUAAAAAUAGUAUAAACAAAUAUAAAUAGAACAACAUAAAACACAACAAUUUCAUUAAAGGGUUGUUGUGUGUUUUCCGAGCUGUAUGGCCAUGUUCUAGAAGUAUUCUCUCCUGACGUUUUGCCCACAUCUAUGGCAGGCAUCCUCAGAGGUUGCGAGGUAUGGAGAAACUAAGCAAGGAAGGUUUAUAUAUACAGUAGAGUCUCAUUUAUCCAACACUCGCUUAUCCAACGUUCUGGAUUAUCCAACGCAUUUUUGUAGUCAAUGUUUUCAAUACAUUGUGAUAUUUUGGUGCUAAAUUUGUAAAUACAGUCAUUACUACGUAGCAUUACUGCAUAUUGAACUACAGUAGAGUCUCGCUUAUCCAACGUAAACGGGCCGUCAGGAUGCUGAAUAAGCAAAUAUGUUGGAUAAUAAGGAGGGAUUAAGGAAAAGCCUAUUAAACAUCAAAUUAGGUUAUGAUUUUACAAAUGAAGCACCUAAACAUCAUGUUAUACAACAAAUUUGACAGAAAAAGUAGUUCAAUACGCAGUAAUGCUAUGUAGUAAUUACUGUAUUUAGGAAUUUAGCACCAAAAUAUAACAAUAUAUUGAAAACAUUGACAACAUUGGCUUGGGUAAUCCAGAAGCUUGGAUAAGCGAGGCUUGGAUAAGUGAGACUCUACUGUAUCUGUGGAAAGUCCAGGGUGAGAGAAGAACUCUUUGUCAGUUGGAGGCCAGUAUGAAUGUUGUAGUUAAUCACCUCAAUUAGCAUUGAAUAGCUUCAUCUCCUGGCUUCUUCCUGCCUGGGGGCAUCCUUUGUUCAGAGUCGUUAGCUCUGUAGUAAUGCUAUGUAGUAAUUACUGUAUUUAGGAAUUUAGCACCAAAAUAUCACAAUAUAUUGAAAACAUUGACUACAAAAAUGCGUUGGAUAAUCCAGAAUGUUGGAUAAGUGAGACUCUACUGUAUCUGCGGAAAGUCCAGUCAUCCUAUCCUUGGGUCUAGCAGUGUCAUAAUUUCCUUUAUUGCAUCUCUCCACCACUUUUCCUAUUGCCUUCUCUACCUUGCCAAGCGCCGUUCUCCUUUUUAUUAUGUUGAUUUUAUUAUUAUUUUAUUUUUUAUUAUGUCCUUGCAUAACCUAUCCAAAGAGGAUCCGUCUCCGUUUAGUCAUCUUUCCUUCUAGGGAAGAGUUCAGCCGUGAAUUGCUGUCGGAUUUCCCCGUUUGUGACAACAACUUAGAACCUUACGAACCUUAUAAACCAAGGGUUUAUUUAUUUGUAUAAUAAUAAUAAUAUUUAGUUUUAGUAGCCUUUCUUGGCCAAUAUAAUACAACUUUCCUCUGCCUUCCGACUUCUUUUAACAAUUUUUUUUUCCAAUUGAGUCGUGCCAUUUCAUGAUGUAGUGCAGGCAUAGGCAAACUUGGGCCAUCUGGUUGUUUUGGACUUCAACUCCCAUCAUUCCUAACAGCCUCAGGUCCUUUCCUUUUGCCCCUCAGCCGCUUAAGCGGCUGAGGGGCAAAAGGAAGGGACCUGAGGCUGUUAGGAAUGAUGGGAGUUGAAGUCCAAAACAACCAGAUGGCCCAAGUUUGCCCAUACCUAAUAAAGUGUGAUGCCGUCUUUUUAGUUUCUUUGAAACUCACUCAUCUCAGUUGUCAAGUAAACUUCCCAAGUUGCCUUGAACUGCAAGCCAGGACCAUUAAAACCAGUUUAAAACCUGUCUUAACGGUAUGGAAGAGUGUGUAUUUCAGAAUGCAGAAAAAAAAAAGUUAUUUUAAGCGAACCACGCUUGGAACGACACAGAGUCUCCCUUUCUGCGUAUUAUGCAAAGAUGGGUGUAAAAUAAACACUGAGCGUUUUUUUCCCCUGA